AAUAUUCGUAUAAAGUAUAUUUGCUCAAGUAAAACUAGAUAUCUAUCCCACAGACACUCUUAACAUAAUACUUUUAUAUAUUUAUUUAAAUGAUCAAAAUGACAAGUCCUAGAAGCUUCAUUCUUGCUCUUCCGGCCAUUGUUCUUGUUCUGGCGUUGUUUAUGACAACAGUUACAGCUCAAUCAAAGCUUAGCACGAACUUCUACAAAAACUCAUGUCCAAAUGUGGAAUCUUUAGUCCGAUCGGCCGUCAACAACAAAUUCCGACAGACAUUUGUCACUGCUCCAGCCACCCUUCGACUCUUUUUCCACGACUGCUUUGUUCGGGGGUGUGAUGCUUCGGUUAUGCUUUCAUCACCAAAUGGAAACGCAGAGAAGGAUCACCCAGACAAUCUUUCUCUAGCUGGAGAUGGAUUUGACACUGUCAUUAAAGCCAAGGCAGCUGUUGACAGAGACUCUCGUUGCAGGAACAAAGUCUCAUGCGCUGAUAUCCUAGCUCUUGCCACCAGAGAUGUCGUCGUCUUGACUGGAGGGCAAUCUUAUUCAGUAGAAUUGGGAAGACGAGAUGGGAGGAUUUCAACCAAGGCGAGCGUUCAAAGGCAGCUUCCUCACCCAAACUUUAACUUGAACCAACUCAAUUCCAUGUUUGCCUCUCAUGGUCUUACCCAAAAAGAUAUGAUUGCAUUAUCAGGUGCCCACUCGAUUGGUUUCUCUCAUUGUAGUAAAAUGUCAAACCGAAUUUACAACUUCAGCCCGAGAACUGGGAGGACUAUUGACCCAACACUCAACAGAAAUUACGCUUUACAACUGAGACAAAUGUGCCCUAGAAAUGUGGACCCUAGAAUCGCCAUUAACAUGGACCCCACAACCCCAAGGACGUUCGAUAAUGCUUACUACAAAAACCUUCAGCAAGGAAAAGGGCUCUUCACUUCUGAUCAAAUUUUGUUUACAGACAACAGAUCAAAGUCUGUUGUAAACAGCUUCGCUUCCAGCCCUGCAGCAUUCAACAAGGCCUUCGCUGAUGCCAUGACCAAGCUCGGCAGAGUUGGUGUUCUUACUGGUACACAAGGAGAAAUUCGAAAGGAUUGCACGCGUCCCAACUAAUUAUUUGUUUAUUUAAAGCGGGCUAUAAUCAUUUUUUGUUAUAAUAAAGGUGUGAUGAUGUUCUCUUAAUAUACACUACACUUUUAUAAUUUUGUGUGUAUGAAUUACUAGAGCAUCAAUCAGUGUAUAUCUACUACGUACGUUGUAACUAGCUGCAUGCAUUUUGCAUGCAUGAAUAAAGAUCUUGUGCUCCUUUGCUCA